GCUAUGGCAUUGCAUGGGUACAAGCCCGAGUACUGGUAUCACCAGGCCCGGUGGAAACCCAUGUCUGGGGAAGGGCCCUGGAUCACAGUCAUGCUCAACAUCGAUGGGGGUGAUGAAGUGAGGAUGAAAAUUAUUGUAGAAGGGGCAAAAGAGCUAGAGAUGCGGACUGAUGGAAAACUACAGGACGCGAUCACGGAGGCGAAAGAUCCUGCGGAGAGGCGUUGCAGGAGGGACGGAGUGACAACAAGAUUGCAGGUGAUGGUCUCGUAUCAUGAGACCGAGACCUCGAUGGACACAGCGGACCUGGAACAAGCUCAUCUGGACCGUGACUCGGGUGGGGAGAGUGAGAUGAGUGAAGCAGGAGACCGGGAGACGGACCUCAGGUCCUGGAAUAGGCCAGGCGAGGUCCAGAGGCAUCACCAAGCCGCGAAGCCGGUGGAAGAGGGACCCGAGGCCAGCUCGAGACAACUGACGCCCAGAGGACGUGGGGCAAGAGAGAAGCAGAGCAGGGGGAAAAGACAUAUGUGAGAGGGUGCGCGGCAAGUCAGGGGACCAAAAAAAAAAAGGGAGAGACAAGAGCUGAGCGUGCAUUGGAGAUGCUAACGUCAAUUGGAC